AUGGCCAAAGCAGCAGCCAGCUUUUCCAUAACUCCAGUCCGACUUCCAGACGACUUGACAGAUACCAUUUCCCUCUUUUAUGCGUAUGCAGGGUCGUUAGGCUUCGACCUAGCUUUCCAAAAUUUUGACAAUGAAAUGGCGGGGAUGCCGGGGAAGUAUUCCCCUCCGCAAGGAGAAUUGCUUUUGGCCCGGAAUGAGGCUGGGGUCGCCAUUGGGUGUGUGGGACUGCGUCCUCUCCCCUCUGCUGGAGUGACAGGCAAGGUCUGUGAGAUGAAGCGCCUCUACGUCACGCCAGCAGGGCGAGGCACUGGGGUCGGCAAGGCCCUGGCCUCCACCAUCAUUGACGCAGCAGAGAAGCUCGGGUAUGAUGAAAUGAGAUUGGACACCCUUCCGAGCAUGGCCACAGCAUUGAGGAUGUACCGACACUUCGGGUUUGAAAACAUUGCCGCAUAUUAUGAGACACCUCUGGAAGGGACUCAUUUUCUCAGCCUGAAGCUGCCGAGGCAGGCAAAAGAAUGA